CACAUUUGAAUUGUAGAAAUCCUUUUUGUCUUCCACAAAAGCAAAAAGCUAGAUCGAGUAAAAGAUGGCCGGAGGUGGGAGUGGAAGAUCAUUGGAGGAAACGCCGACGUGGGCUGUUUCCGUGGUGUGUUUAGUUUUGGUUGGAGUUUCCAUCCUCAUUGAGUACAUCCUCCAUCUUAUAGGAAAGUGGUUGAAGUUGAAACAUAAAGUAGCCUUAUAUGAAGCUCUAGAAAAGAUCAAAUCAGAACUUAUGCUGCUGGGAUUUAUAUCAUUGAUGCUAACUGUGUUGCAAAGCCCAAUUUCGAACAUAUGCAUUCCCGCGAGCGUCGGAAACACGUGGCUUCCGUGCAGCAAAAAGAGAGCACAAAAGUUGGAGGAGUCUAAAGCCUUGGAACUGUCGCUGCCGGGCGAUAUUGACGGCCGCCGGAGACUUCUCGUCAGCGGAGGAACGCGGCGUGUUCUGGCAGCUGGAGCUGACAAAUGCGCUCUUAAGGGAAAAGUGCCGUUAGUGUCUACAGAUGGAAUUCAUCAGUUACAUAUAUUCAUAUUCGUUUUAGCCGUUUUUCAUAUCUUCUAUUGUGUCACAACUUUGGCUUUGGGGCGAGCCAAGAUGAGAAGAUGGAAAGCAUGGGAAAAAGAAACAAGAACGGCAGAAUACAAAUUCGCUCAUGAUCCAGAGAGAUUUCGGUUUGCUAGAGAGACAACAUUUGGAAGAAGACAUUUGAGCUAUUGGACAACAAGACCCAUUCUUCUCUGGAUAGCUCAUUUGACACCUCAAACUGCGACGAAUUUCGAUUUUCAAAAGUAUAUCAAAAGAUCACUAGAAACAGAUUUCAAGGUCGUUGUUGGAAUCAGUCCUCCGAUGUGGCUAUUUGCAGUUUCCUUUCUUCUGUUCAAUACUCACGGCUGGUACUCUUAUUUAUGGCUUCCGUUUCUUCCCCUAAUUAUUAUAUUGUUGGUUGGUGCCAAGUUGCAAGUGAUCAUCACAAAGAUGGGGCUAAGGAUUCAGGAUAGGAAUGAAAUUGUAAAGGGAGUUCCAGUGGUUGAGCCGGGUGAUGACCUGUUCUGGUUCAACCGUCCGCGACUCAUUCUGUUUCUCGUUAGCUUUGUUCUUUUUCAAAAUGCAUUUGAAUUGGCCUUCUUCGCUUGGACUUGGUAUACAUUUGGAUUGAGGUCAUGCUUCCAUGAGCAUUUGGAGGAUAUCAUUAUCAGAUUCGCUAUGGGCAUUAUUAUACAGGUUCUGUGCAGCUAUGUAACCCUUCCUCUCUAUGCCCUUGUAACGCAGAUGGGUUCAAAUAUGAAACCAACCAUUUUCAACGAGAACGUCGCAAGGGCAUUGAAAGGCUGGCAUCACACAGCGAAGAAACGAAUAAAAGAUCAUAACAAAAUUGAGAGCGCUUCCGUGACACCUACAUCAAGCCGUCCGGGAACACCUUCUCGGCACGGCAUGUCUCCGGUGCACCUCCUCCGCGGCCACGGCUUCUACCGAAGCGAGAUGGACGCGGCGAGUAGUACUCAAUCAAUUGGGCGUGAUAAACCCGAGUUCGACGACUUAUAUGAGCAUUGGGGACGCAGUGAUGACAAUGGUGGUGGCUCACAAUCUCCGCCACAUUUCGUUGCCAGCCAUGUUGAUGGAAGACAAUCACGAUAUGGACCAUCUUCUUCUUCGAACAAUAUAAUUCAACAAGAUGAUGGUGAUCAUGAUGAUGUUAAAAAUAUUAAUGAUGAUCCCACCAACUUGUUGGAGCUGGUUCGUGUCCCUUUGCAGAAACACGAAAUCAUCAAUAUUGAGGAACAAAGUGAUUUUUCUUUUGUUAAGAGAUUGAACUAAAAUGAUGGAAAUUGUCUACAAUUUAUAAUUAUUGUACAGAAUAUAAUUUCACUU